UUCCCCACGACGCCUUUGGUGGCUAAUGGUGGCCGUGGACCCAGUGCCCCUGGGGCUUGCAACCUCACUGUCCAAGUCAGGUCACAAGGGAGUCCAGUGGAGGCCCCCCAGACUCAGACCUUUAUCGUUACUCAGGGCCCCCUCACCUGGAGCACUCCAGGGGCCCUCAGCAGGAGUGCUGCAUGUCCUGCACCCAUAUUCUUAGCAACCCCUGUGAUGGAGACCAUUGUGACUGCUCCAGCUGUUGGAGUUACUCAGGCUGGCAAGGGAAGCUGGACCCCAGGCUUUCCUCCUCAAGCUCCACCACUAGCUGCCCAGCUGGCCCCUAUCAUUUGCCCAGUGAACUAUGGGCCUUGGCCACAUGGCACUUCCAGGGAGGGCAGCCUGGCCACCAACCAGUCCUACGCCUCGCACGGUGACUGCUCUAACCCCCAGAGCAUGUACAGUAACUUCCGACGUUGGCAGCGCCUCAAACAACUGGCCUGGAGACACCUUCCCCAGAGUCCUGAUGCAGAAGCUCUUUCCUGCUUUCUCAUCCCAGUGCUUCGAUCCGUGGCCCGCCUGAAGCCCACCAUGAUGCUGGAGGGGGCACUGUGCAGGGCCGUGCAGGAAUGGCAGCGCAGAAGCAACUUUGACCGGAUGAUCUACUACGAGAUGGUGGAAAAGUUCAUGGAAUUUGAGGCCGAGGAGGAGAUGCAGAUUCAGAAGUGGCAGUGGAUGCAGUGCGCGCAGGACCUGCCUCCUCCAGCCCCACCGAAGCUGGAUCCUCGGGGGCCCCCAAGCCCCGAAAGUGGGCCUUCAGCCAGGCACCCAGGUUCCCACUGGACCUGUGUUCCCAGGAUGUCCAGCCCCAGGGCCCAGCCCUCCCGCCCAAAGCCACACAGGUCCCAGCGGCCCCCAGAGCCCAAGGCACCCAAGGAGAUUCCCCCUGAGGCUGUGAGGGAGUAUAUGGACAUCAUGGAGGCACUGGUGGGGCCCGUCCACUCAGCCACAGGCGAGUCAGAUGCAGAAGGUGGAGAGGACGGAAAUGAGCUGAAGCAGGAAGAGGACGGCACCUACUCGGACCCGGGCCUCUUGAGCUACAUUGACAAGCUGUGUUCCCAGGAGGACUUUGUCACCAAGGUGGAGGCAGUCAUUCACCCUCGAUUCCUGGCAGAAUUGCUUUCUCCAGACCCACAGCUGGAUCUCUUGGCCCUAGCAGAGGAGCUGGAGCAGGAGGAAGGGCUCACCUCCUACCAGCUGGUGCAGAAACAACUCCUGGCCUUGAAAGAGGAUGAGGGUGUGCGGGCAGCCCCGAGUCACAGUGCACCCGGAAUGGGCUCAAGUCCUUCUGAGUCCGACGCCGGCCAAGGUGCCCAGAGGCACGACCAAGACCCCCAUCUAGGGGUCAGUGAUGAAGCCUGCCCACCAGAGAUUGAUUCUGAGGCUCCUUGUAGGCUCAUCCAAAGAGACACUGGCCUGUGCAGGCCCAAAGCCUUUGUUUCCUCUCGAGGACGUCAGGAGGUCUCUCCAUCCUCUCCCCAGGGUCAAAGGCACGCUGGCCCUCUACGGGGACCCAGGGAUGCAUCUAUGCUCAGAGAGGCCUCUCCUGUUCGGGAGGCCUGAGGGCCCAGGGACGGGGCCGGUGAGGACGAGGAGGAGCUCCCCAGCCUGGCCUUCCUCUUCGGUCCCUGCUGGGUGUCCCAGAGUCCUGCCCAUGCCUCAGGCCUGGCCUCCCCUGGAGGUUGGGGGGCCCAGAGUGCUCCCCACGCCCCCUCCCCUCAGAGAAGAGGCCCCAGCCCAGCUCCACCAGCUGCUCCCAAGUCGAGGAAGCGGGCUCUGUUUGGACACCCAGCCGCUGCUGAGAAGCUGCCCAUCCCCGGGGCUGGCCUCCGGUGUCUGGGAGGCCAGCCUUGGCUCUGGGCGGCUCUCCCCUCACAGCCGAGAAAGAGAAAGCGUGACCUGUGUGUCACAGAGAAGAGUAAGAAGAGGAGAAGAAGCACUGCAGGCAGUAGGGAACAGCUGGGCCGGCCCUCCAGGGCGGCUCCCAGGGGAGCCUAG